AUGAAUAAACUUGAUCCUAAAUAUUCUAUCAUUAGUCGUCGAACAAUAACUCGUGAUAAAAUUCCAAAAAUGUAUGAUGCAAUGCUAAAAAAGUUAAAAGUCAUAUGUAAUAAUGCAGAGGAUGUCUCUGUAACGUUGGAUUUGUGGUCUGAUAGACGUUUAAGAUCGUAUAUGGGCGUCACAUUGCACACAAUUAUUGAUAAACAAAAUAAAUCUUAUUUGUUAUCGUUUCUUCCACUUGCUGGCCGUCAUACAGGUGAAAAUUUAAUUAGUGAGUUUGAAAAAAUUCUUCAGUUUUAUUCUAUCCAGAAAAAGUUGGUCAAAUUAGUCACAGAUAACGCAUCUAAUAUGAUAAAAGCAUUCGAUAAGCUGAUACUGCCAGGAUUUGAAGAAUAUUUCAAAGAAGAAAAUGAAGAAGUUGAAUAUAAUGGAGAUUCUGGUUCGGAUAAAAUAAACGAUGAUUUAAAUGAAGCGAUAGAUGAAGCAUUAAUGACGAUUGAUUUUAAGCGAAUACCAUGUUUCGCUCAUACUCUACAACUUGUUGUUAACGACGGUAUCAAAAAUUCAGCUGCAGUCAAAUCGUCAUUAACAAAAAUAGCCAAAAUUGCUAAAUUUUCACAUACAAGUACAGUUUUUGCUGAACGUCUUGAGAUAUUAAAAGCUACAAUACCAUCAAAUACAAAUAUUCGAUGGAAUAGUCAAUUUCAUACAAUAACAAAAGUUGUUCAAAUCGAUAUCGAUAAAUUGAAUAUUAUUUUAUAUGAAUUAAAUAAAUCUCAAUUAAUGUUAACACAACGAGAUAAAAUAAUAAUCGAUGAAUUUAUUUCGUUAUUCUAUUUAUUCAAUGAAGCAACCAUACAAACACAGGCUGAAAAUUCUCCAACGAUAAGUCUUGUUGGUCCUUGUUUAUUAAGUAUAUUAAAUGAUUUGGAACAUGAACAAGGAAAACUAAUCUAUACAAAAUCGUUAUGUAAAGCGUUAAUUGACAGUUUAAAAACACGUUUUUUUGGAUUCUAUGAAAUGUUAUCAUUUGAUAUGAGCGAAUAUGUAAACAAGAAAGCAACAACUGCUGAUCAUUAUAAAGACUCCAUAUUCUUGAUUAGUCCAAUUCUUGAUGGACGGUUUAAAAUGCAUUGGCUAGAAGAAUCAAAUAUAGAGGACACAGAAAAAGAACGUGUAAUAAGAAAAAUAAAAAAUUUAGUUUGUGAUACAUGUAUUGAGUUAAAUGUAGUUAAAAAAAACGAAGGAAAUGCUGCUGUACCGAAACUCACAGGAGGAGUGACUAGCAAUUCAGUAAAAAGGAAACAACUGUUUCCGCAUUUAUCUAAUCUUUCUUCAUCAAAAAAACUGAAAGCUGAAAUAACAACAACUUCUGUUUCACAAGAAAUUGAAAAUUUUAUGCGCGAGACGGGCAUUCAAAGUAGUCUUAUUUUCGAAAAAUCGAAUAUCUAUCCAGGUCUCAGUAAAUUAGCUAGAAAACUUUUAUGUGUUCCGGCUACAUCGGCACCCAUUGAGCGUAUUUUUUCUCAAUCAGGAUUUUUGAUUAGACGCGAAAGAGCACGUUUUACGAAAAAUAAUCUAUCUCAACUGGCAUUGUUAAAAUGUAAUAGAAGUUUACUUUAA